AUCUGAUGCAUCUAGAAUGGAUUUGUCAUUGCACAGAGAGCUUAUAAGAGCUUGAGAUGGUCCUUCUUCUGUUACCUGAGAAGAGUCGGUCCGUCUCAGAUCAAGUCCUGUUCCUCGACACAAUGGUUAGUGACCGGAUCUUUCUUCUAACCGUAACCUGCUCCGUCUUAAUGCUACUAGUUAGUUGUGAUGAUUUUCUAGAGAUCCGCUCUUCAGAGGAUAACAUGAAGACUCAGGAGGAGAAAGAACUGAUUGAAGCUCUUCAAGAAGUUCUUGAAAAACUGCGAAACAUCCAGAUUCCCACUGCAGAGAAGAGGUUUGGCUGGGUUCCCUCGUGUGGUGCGGGUGAGCAGUGUGCGGUUCGCAAAGGCGCUCGCUUCGGGAAGCUGUGCAGCUGUGCAGGAGGAACCAGCUGCAGCUUCUCCAUCCUCAAGUGUUUGUGAAAACAUGCCUCGGUGUGUCACAGUCCAGCGUUUUACUGUACCUACAGAUGCUUGUUGUUUCCCCAUCGCUGUUGUAACAUGUUUUAUGAAUGCAAACUGACACAUCAAAUAAAUGCAUGCAUUUUUGUACAUA